AGGCGUGGUUGCCAGUUCUAAUUGGUGCCCACCGUUGGAACCUAUGGAGGAACAACUGGAGGUGGAGACGAGACGGCAGGUGUGUGUUGAGCUGGACAGAGUCCUCGUAGAGCUUAUGGACUGCCUGGAGCGGCUGGCGACUCUGCGCGGGCGGCUUUCUCGAGAAGUCAGCGAAGGCUAUUUCAACAUGGCCAAAUCUCGCUACUCCAUGGGUCCUCUGUCUGUCGGCCAACUCCAGUACGACAGUGUGAUGGCUCCGACUUGUCUGGUUGAGGUAGACGACGAGGAGGCCCCUGGUAAUCAAGACCCAGACGAGACGACACCGGCUGCCAACAAGACAACAGAGACCGGAUUGGCACCUUCACAUACAGUGUUCAGAGUCUUCAGACCGACUUAUAGUGGAGAUGGGGAGGGAGAUGGAAGGGGGAGAGGAGGAGGGGAGGAGGAGGAGGAGGGAGGGGUGAGAAGACGAAGACCUCACACGGGGGAGGCGGAGCCACGUGGGGAGGGGGUGGAGGAAGUGGAGAGGAGGAGAGAUGGUGGAGAGGGGUCAGAGGGGAAGGCUGCAGUCAAAAACCCGCUGAACUGGUUUGGCGUUCUUGUUCCACAAGCACUGAGACAGUCGCAGAAACACUUCAUCAGAGUGACUGGUGUGUGUGUUGAGCUGGCGACGGAGCAAAGCAGACUGGAGACACUGAGACGUCAUUUCACCACACUCCGGUACAGAAAACAGCAACUCUCAGAAAACAGUUAAUAAAUAUUGUAGCCAUAGGGGACUAUAGUAUCAUGUAUCAUGUAGGAUACCUUGUCAAAUUCACCAUUAUUAUUGUUGUUAACUGCAAACAAUGGUGUUCGUUGUUGUUUUGCAUAAAAAUAUAAUCACUUGUAUAUAUACAUGGAAUUCGGCUCUCAAACAA